CCUGACCAUUGUCGUAAAUUUGCAUUAAGUGACGAGAAUGACUUCGAUUAUCAGGAAAAAUGUUCACACCAACACUCUGAAGUUUGCAAAGACUGUCGCAAUCUUAUAGAUGUUCUUGAUAACAUAGAGUGCAAAAUACAAAGCUCAUUAUGGAGCCCUUAUAGCAAGGAGCAGCGAGAAGAUCUACAGUACGAUUUCAAGCAGGCUCGCUCACACAUCUUGCAAUGGAAGGCUCACAUCCUUCGAUCUGUUAACCAGGAAGCAGCAAAGCAGGAUUGCUUGAAUAUAAUUACCAACAAACCGAACGCAGCACUUAUUGUAAUGGACUGGGCAAUGAAGUUCCAGCAGCUUAGAUACCGUGAAAAGCAGUCCGACUGGUACGGUAAAAGAGGGUUAAGCUGGCACAUAUCUACAGUUAUCUCCAGCGAUACGAAGAAGAAAGGUUCUUUAGAACUACAGUCAUAUGCCCACCUCUUUGAUACGUGCCAGCAAGACUGGUUUGCAGUAUCUUCAGUUAUGGAAAACACACUGAAGGUCAUCAAGAUCCAGAAACCGCAUGUUACCCAGGUUUAUCUGCGGUCGGAUGAAGCCGGCUGUUAUCAUAAUAACGCUCUAAUUGCUGCAGCAAAAGAUAUCGGCGAGCGAGUAGGUAUAGCUGUUUGUCGAUACGAUUAUUCAGAACCACAGUAUGGCAAGGAUGUUUGCGAUCGAAUUUUAUGCCCGAUGAAGACAUGCAUCCGACGGUACUGCAACGAAGGAMAUGACAUUCUAUGUGCAGAGAAUAUGAGAACAGCACUUUCAGAAAGGCCAGUAAAAGGUACGUCUGCAUGUGUCUGCGUAGUAGAUGAGGAGAAGGAAACCUUGCAGGUUAAGAAAAUAGAUGGCUUCAGCAAGUUACAURAUAUUCAAUUUGAGGAGAAAGGCAUUCGUGUUUGGAAAUCUUACGCAAUAGGUCGUGGUAAAGAAAUUCCUUUUACGCAGCUAGUCUCACAAAGCCAGGGAAGCACCGAUCUCAAGGUCAUUAAUGACUUUUUCCCCCUUUUWAACCCUAACCCUGAACGACAUUGGUGUAUGUUGGGAAUUGACGUACUGAUAAAAGGCAAAGAAGUUAUCGUCCAAGAGAACGCGACACCCGAGAGGACGAAGGUAGGCCUAGAAAUGCAAAGUGUUCUCAAGGAGGAGUAUGUUCUGUUUGGUGAAAAAAGAAAUCUUAACCUCAGAAGAUCGUAA